GUGCCGACCUUGGCUUUAAGCUAAUAAGCCAGGCUUAAUAUUUUGUCCGAACAACUCCUUGUUCUCCACUAGUUCCAACUUCCAACCAUAGCCACCCAUAGAUUGUAAAAGGAAUCCAGGUUCAACAAUUUCGUUUUGUCUUCUUGAAAGACAUCGCACCACCCGUUAUUCCUCUGGGAAUAACUGGAUACCCAAUUCCAACUCCAAUCUCUCAGUUUCAAUUCCAAUUCCAAUUCCAAUUCCCCCAGGCAUGGAAUCCCAACCUGAAGUAGUCAACUUUGGGAAAUCUAUAAUAGUACCCAGUGUUCAACAACUGGCCGAACAGCCCAUCGACAAACUCCCACCCCGGUACGUGCACGACAUCGUCUCGUCGGACGAUUCGUCGCUCCAAUCGGUGCCGGUGAUUGAUCUUCAAAGCCUGGUUUCCGGUGACCACAGGGAUUACGAAUUGGAGAGGCUACAUUGUGCUUGUAAAGAAUGGGGUUUCUUCCAGGUUAUAAAUCAUGGAGUGAGUAUUAAACUGCUAGAGGAAUUCAAGAGGGACAUCGUAGAUUUUUUCAAACUUCCGUUGGAAGAGAAGAAGAAGUUGUGGCAACAGCCAGACAACCAUGAAGGUUUUGGGCAGCUCUUUGUGGUAUCAGAGGAGCAGAAGCUUGAUUGGUCUGACAUGUUCUACAUUACCACUCUUCCAUCAAGUCUGAGGAGGACUCAACUUUUUGAACUUCUACCUCCAAACCUCAGAGAAACAUUGGAAUCAUACUCUGUGGAAGUGAGAAGGCUAGCCAUGACCAUCCUAGGUCAAAUGGCUAAAGCUCUAAAGAUGGACAGUGAAGAGAUGAGCGAGCUAUUCAGUGAUGGGGUGCAGUCCAUGAGAAUGAACUAUUAUCCUCCAUGCCCUGAGCCAGACAUGGCCAUCGGCUUCAGCCCGCACUCUGACGCAGUUGCUUUAACCAUUCUCUAUCAGCUCAACGACAUCAACGGCCUCCAGAUCCGAAAAGAAGGGAAAUGGGUACCUGUUAAACCGUUGCGAAACAGUUUUGUAGUCAACGUUGGUGACAUCAUGGAGAUUGUGAGCAAUGGUGUGUACCGGAGCAUUGAGCAUAGAGCAACGGUGAACUCAACCAAAGAAAGGCUCUCCAUUGCUACAUUUUACAGCUCCAAUUUGGACUCAGAAUUAGGCCCUGCGCAUAGCCUCAUUGGACCAGACAAUCCUGCAGUCUUUCGCCGAAUGCCCAUUGAGGAGUACUUCAAGGAAUUCUUUGCGCGGAAACUCAAUGGUAAGUCAUACCUUGAUUUCAUGAAAAAAUAAACCCGCCACCCUUUUGAACCUACAAAACCCGCCACUGUUCAAAAGGGUUGGAAUGGAAAAAUAUGUCAAGGAUUUCUUUUCUCGUAAGCUCAACAGGAAAUCGUUCUUGGAGCAAAUGAAGAGAGCUGAAAAUGGAGUAGACAACACUAGUAUUUGAUGGCUACUAGCUAUUUGCUGUGCUUGUCUAAAAAUAAAACAGAAACAAAAUGCUGGUCUGCUUUUUUCAUGUAAAAUAUUGCUAGUGCUUUUCUUUUUUAUAAAUAACCGGAUGUCUGGGCCUAGUGGCUUGAAUAUAGAAGCUAUUGGGUUGGACCAAGUAGAAUCGAAGCAAUAGGCAUUGAGCCCCAGCUUGUAAUUUGCUCAUCAGUGAUGCCGACUGUCUGAUGUUUUUUCAUGUAAAAAUAUAGUAUACAGAGUGUAUUGCAGUA